AUGACCUAUUGGAAUGGAACUAUUCUGGGUCCUCCUCAUAGUACCCAUGAGAACCGUAUCUACAGUCUCAGUCUGGAGGCUGGUCCCGAGUACCCAGAGAAACCUCCACUUGUCAAGUUCCUUUCUAAAGUCAAUGCUCCAUACAUUGACCAAGAAACUGGUGUAGUCAGACCAGACUUGGUUCCAUGUCUUGCUAAAUGGAAGAGAUCAAACACUAUGGAGACGGUUCUUAUCGAACUCCGUAGAGAGCUGGCUUCCCCUACAAAUAGAAAGCUCCCUCAACCUCCUGAGGGUUCCACCUUCUAA